AUGCUAAAAGGUGAUGUUUAUAAGUUAGGAAACAACAAGGAACUUUGUCAAGCAGUAGGUUACUUCUUGAAUCCACAAUUCCAGUAUGCUACUACCAGCUCUAGGGAGACGUUCCGAGAAAUAAUAGAUGGAACGCAGAAAGUAAUACAAAGAUUGGAGCCGAACAUUGAAUGCCAGAUUAAGGCAAUAAAUCAG